UUAUCUCGUCAGUGUGUUUUUUGCAUCCAAACUAAAUUCAGUUAUCAGCUCUCUCAAACCAACCCAAACAAAACUCAAAAUGAAGACCAUCAUUGCUUUCGCCACCAUCGUUGCCCUGGCUCUGGCCCUGCCCCUGGAUGACUCCAAGAAUGCCCAGAUCCUGAAGUACGAGAACGACAACAUCGGCGUUGAUGGAUACAAGUUCGCCUUCGAGACCAGCGAUGGACAGUCCCGCCAGGAACAGGCUGAGCUGAAGAAGCUGGCCGAUGAUGUUGAGGCUCUGGUUGUCCGUGGAUCGUACACCUUCACCGGCGCUGACGGACAGGUCUACACCGUGAACUACGUCGCCGACGAGAACGGAUUCCAGCCCGAGGGUGCCCAUCUGCCAGUGGCCUAAGUUGCACCACAGCAGCACAAUACCAAUUGUAGUACAACAAAUUACAAACUACAACAUCAGCACCAACAUCAGCAGCCCCACUGAAGAAGCGUCGCACACCAACAGCACACGACGACAAUUGAAGCAAACAACUAAAAUUUACAACAACAACUGAGAAUACUCCGACAAAUCUAAGUCCAUGCUUGUAAAGUGUACAGUUUUUAUAAAAUUUCUUGUAAAUGAUCUUUUUUUGCGUUCCUGGUUUUUUUUCGGAAUAAACUUGAGUUACCUAAAGGCCGUUCGUAACGUGCCGCUCUAUUGCUACAGCAACAACUACAACAACAACAUGAUGAACUUUGUACGAAUACCAACUGCCAUAUCUUUUUUUUAUAAUUUUUUUUUUGACGAAAUAAAGCUAGUAUUUAAGUGAAAUGUGAACACGA